AAGAGAAAGAUGAAGGAUUACGAGAAAAAAUUCAUAGAAUGUUAUGGAAGAUGUCCAAACGCCAAUGAAAUGCCACGAUUUACAUACAAGUCGGUAAGAAAGAUAAAGAAAACAAGAUUCAUAUUGAAAAACAGAACGUAAUAAAGAGAGGUUAUACAAGUAUGAUUCGCAGCUGCGUUUCUUAAUGGAAAAUUGAAGUGGAUAGCUACACACGUAAAUGAGAUUAAAAAAUUUGUAUAACAAAACAGUCGUAAGUCGAUGAAAAUAAUGAGGAGCCAACAACGAGCUAUCAAAGGAGAAAGUCAAAUGAGAGGGAAACAUCGUUCGAAAUGAGCCAUGGAUCGCAAAGGAUGAACGAAGACAACUGGAACGUCGAAGAAACUGACAAAUGCAGUGAAUCUCGAGACGAUGGACCGAAUGACGAUGUACAUAACAUCAGCGAUGGGAAUGAAAUGGAGACAUCUCAAUCAUUAUGCAUGGAUGUUGAAGGAAGAAAUCCAAACGACCCGAAAUUACAAGGGAUCGAAGAACGAUGUCAUAGGAAACUGAGAAAAAUCAAGUGCGAACGAGGAGGUCUAUCUUCCCUUUUGACAACGAGGAAUCAAACGAGAACGAGUCUUUAUUCCAAUUAGAUGAAUUGUCUUCUGGAUUUAAUCGUGGUUCUCGCAACGACGACGAAUUAAUUGACGCUGAAAACUCAAAUAUCGAACGAGACGACGGAUACAAUCGAU